AUGUUUUCUUUCUUUCAGGAUCUUAUUCUUGUUGGACAAAUGAAGCUUUACAAUGAAACCAAAAUAUUUGUGGUGCUAUGGUCUCUACUUUUGGCAGCUAUUAUUCAUCUAGAGUGGUACUAUGUGACCAACUCUGUGGGCGGGUGUGAUGUUGACGGGUGCGAGACACUGGACGAGCUAUCACACUGGCAGGCUACAGGGUAUCAUGAUCCCAUAUCAUCGGAAGAAGGAUUUGCAAUUGAGGCUUCAUUGUACAACUACUCUGCAACCAUCCAGUGCUUGGUUAAUCCUCUAGAACCUCAAUAUGAAGGAGGAUUAGUGGCGAAUCCUAACUUUGAAAGUGGCUUAGAAGGAUGGGGUGUGUUUGGAGAUGCGAAAAUUGAAGUGAGAAGAGCAAGCAUGGGGAACAAGUUUAUUGUAGCCUACAACAGAAGUCAACCAUAUGACAGUUUCUCACAGUGGCUAUACUUAGAGGAAGGGCUUUUAUAUACAUUUUCAGCUUGGGUACAAAUUAGUGAAGGAAAUGAGAUAGUGGCAGCUAAAUUCAGAAAUUCACAAAAAAUUAGUAUGACUGUGGGCUCUGUUAUAGCUCAAUCCGGCUGCUGGUCUAUGAUAAAAGGAGGGCUCACCGUGAAUGUCACCAUGCCAGCCGAGCUCUAUUUUGAGAGCCAAAACACCGGCAUUGAGUUAUGGGUAGAUAAUGUGUCUCUACAACCAUUUACUAGAAGUCAAUGGAGAGACCAACAAUCCAAAAGCAUAGACAAGAUAAGAAAGAGAGAAGUUAGAUUCCAUGUCUCUAACAAGAAAGGAAAAAGGCUCCAAGGAGUGAAAAUUAACAUCAAGCAUACAAGGCCUCAUUUCCCACUUGGUUCUGCCAUUGCACCGAGUAUCAUAGAAAACAAGGCUUACCAAAACUGGUUCGCCAAGCGAUUUACUACAACAGUUUUUGACAAUGAAAUGAAAUGGUAUUCCAACGAGGUAAUUCCUAGACAUGAGAACUACUCUCUCUCAGAUGCCAUGCUCGCGUUUGCUAAACAGCAUAGGAUUUCAGUGAGAGGCCAUACCAUUUUUUGGGAUGAUACGAAACAGAUCAUGGAUUGGGUCAAAUCUUUAUCCCCAAAAGAGCUUUUGAGUGCAGCAGUGCGACGAAUUGGUUCAGUAAUGUCAAGGUAUUCCGGUGAGUUUAUUGCAUGGGAUGUGGUGAAUGAGAAUAUGCACUUCUCAUUCUUCGAAGAUAAAAUAGGUCCAAAUGCUUCCGCCAUGUUCUACAAGAUUGCACACGCGCUAGAUAACAAGACACCUUUGUUCGUAAAUGAGUUUAAUACAUUGGAGGAUCCGACAGACUUGGAUGCCAUUCCAUCUAAGUUUCUGGAAAAGCUCAAGGAGAUCAGAUCUUUUCCGGGAAAUGAAGAAAUGGUGUUAGGAAUUGGAUUACAAGCUCAUUUCAGGGAGCUGGAUCUAGCUUAUAUGCGCGCGUGCUUAGAUGUUCUUGGCACAACCAAAAAUCCUUUAUGGAUUACAGAAUUAGAUGUUACAAAAGGCCCAAAUCAGGCUAAAUACUUGGAGGAAAUCAUGAGGGAGUUGUAUUCACAUCCUGCUGUUGAAGGAAUCAUAAUGUGGUCAGCGCGGAAGCAAGGAGGUUGUGGUUAUAUGUGUUUGACAGACCUGAAUUUCACGAACUUGCCUCCCGGAGAUGUUAUUGACAAUUUAAUUAGGGAGUGGAAGACUGAGAGCUUACAAGGAGUGACCGGCAAGAAUGGGGUCUAUGCAAACCGCAUUUUUCAUGGAGAGUACACUGUGACAGUUUCGAACCCUUUUGCUGGUGAAACUUUGAUAAAGCAUUUGGAGGUGACGAACGAUAAAUCCGAACCAUUGGAUGUUUGGAUUUCCAUUUGA